AUGGGGGAUGGUGCGGAUGAGAACAGUUACAGUUCGACCCUGGCUGCGUGCGCAAGCUCAGGGAGCUGGCAGGCAGCUCUGGACAUCCUGGGAUACAUGGUCCGCUGUCAACUGCGGCCUCGGGACUUUGACUUUUCUGCUGCGAUGCGCGCUUGCAGCGUCGGCCAGCGAAUCGACUUGUCGUUGGAGCUCCUUGGCACUUCGAUGAAUAGUCGAGCCGUGCAGGGCAGACUUUGCUACGACACUGCCAUGCAGGAAUGCAGCCGUGCAAAGCUUUGGCAGAUGUGCCUGCAGCUCUUGCAGGAGAUGCCACGACUGCGGCUGUCGCCAACUCUGGUAAGCUACGACACGGUCAUAAACUCCUGCGAGAACUCUGGCAACUGGCACCUUGCCUUGCGACUGCUGGGAGUGAUGCCAGCCAGAGCGCUAGUGCCUGACCUGCGGAACUUUUAUAGCGCAGUAGGAGUUUGUGCUCACACUGGACAGUGGCAAGCCGUGCUUCGACUUCUGCUGGUACUCCCUCCAAAGCUGCAUCCUGGUGCCGACAUCUUCCAGCAUGCAAUUCUUGGAUGUGACGAUGCUUGCAAGUGGGAAGCUGCACUGACUCUACUAGCCAGCAUGCCCAAGGUCAAGGUCACACCCGAUGAAGGCUGCUUCGAUGCGGCCAUCAGGGCCUGUGCUACAGUGGGUCAGUGGAUUCUGGCCUUGAACGUUUUUGACAAGGCAGUGUCUCUCGACAAGGCAAGGGCGAGCACCUUGAGCUUUAUGCUGACCGCUUGCAGAACUGGCGCACAGUGGGAGCUUGCCCUGCAGCUGCUGUUUGGACCAUUUCAGUCAGAUCUGGACUGCUUCGACGCAGCCAUCAGUUCCUGCCGGGUAGCUGCAGCAUGGCGCGAGAGCGUGUCACUCCUGGCUGAGAUGCGAAGGCGCAGCCUGCGCCCAGAUGCCCACAGCACUGCGGCUGCAAGCCAUGCCUGCACAAGGGCAGGGGAGUGGCAGCUUGGCCUCAGCCUGCUCGAGCCCUUCUUGGAGAUCUCUGACUCGCAGGAUUGCACUCGAGAAGUGAUGCACGCCUGUGGCCUGGGCUUAUGCUGGCAGGGAGCAGUAUCCCUUCUUCUUCGCUCCGAGAUGAAGGACAUCAAUGACUGGAACUUUGUCAUCUCAGCCUGCCAGAAAUCGAAACAAUGGCAGGCGACGCUGGACCUGUUCCGUACCCUUGUGGAUGCGCGCAUACAUCCUGAUGGGAGAACUUAUCGGUCUGUCAUCAAGUCAUCGCUGACCUGGAGCGGUUCCGAGCAACAGGCUGCAGGACGUGUGCUGCCGAAAUCCGGCAGUCGCAGUGGAGUAGCUCGCGGCGCUGUAAAGACUCAAGGCUCCAGCUCUGAACCGCGCAUGGCUGAGUUGCGCCUUCCGUACCCGCAAUCGCCGCAGAGCACCGCGAAAGUCCUGCUUGAUGCUUGGCGAGGACGUGCUCUUACACCGUCCCUUUGUGGCCUUGAGGACCUCCGAAUGCCUAAAGAGGCUUCCGGCUGGCCUUGGCAGCACCGGGAGAAGGUCAAGUUGCGGGCGAAAUCUCAUCCAAAGGAGCAACCGUGUCGGUUUAGUGGCACGGUCGAGUCGGAGUCAGAGGCCAUCUUCUCCAUUCACUCUUGGCUUGUUCUUAGAAGUUGA